CGGUAAUUGUGUAAUGCAAUUGAUAAGCAUCGGUCUUGUGUUUCGUUAUAGUAUGAACGGUUUUGUUAAAAUACCACGACAAAAUGCGUUUUAGAGAUGGUUUUUAGUUGUCGGUAUGUUUUUAAGUGUAAUACGAUUUUCUCUGUGCUCUGGAUUUUAUGCUUUUAAGGGAUCAUGAACGCGAUGUUACAAAACAGCUGCAUUCAACACAAAGAAUCUGUUAUUGUUUACAAAUGUCACAGAACGACUCCGAGAGUGACAUUUGGGACUACAAACCUCUUAAGAAGACCAAACGACGAAGCAGUAAAUCACAAAUCGCCAGCAAACAUGGGACAAAAAGGAGAAAGAGGGCCAAAUCAGAGGUAUCAGCCCAAAAACCCAAACUGCAAGUCAACAGUGCUGAAACACACACCGAUUUAGAUCAUAAUGCUCACGAGAUUAGUGGAAAAUUAGAGCAAGAAUCUGUUCCAACACCCCUGAAUGUGCAUGGGACUCCUGAUCAACAUGUCCAGGAAGAAGAGCCUCAGUCAACAAGCUUCUGUCCUGUUUGUCAAAUGCCAUUUUCUAUCUUGGUGGUACAGUCUCAACAAUGGCAUGUUGCAGAAUGCUUAGAUACCCCAGGCGAAGACUGUAAAGAAUGUCCGAAUGGUCUUCAGUGUUCCUCCUCUAUCCCCAGUCAUUAUAAGAGAUACAGCCACUCUCUGCUCGCUCACAGUCGAGCGCUGAACUGCAUUGAUGGUUCUGCUCCCACCCAAAGCUGCACGGUCAAAAGUACUUCAGACUUUAGCCUGAAGUCACUCCCUUUUAGUGAUGUUGCUUGCACGUCUAGUUCUGUGGACAGUGCUGUAAAUGUAUCCGCUUUAUCCAGCAAAAGUUCAUCUCCUGGCGAUGUACCGAAGGAAACUCCCAUUCAGACUAAUGCCCUGCUCCUCCUGCACUCCCCUAACUCUGAUGAUAUCAAGAAAAAGAAAGGUUGGUCUCCUUCCACCAAAAGAUCUCAAUCCCAGAAUUCAUCCCAGGAGGCCAGAAUGAAGAUCUCAACUCCAGUAAAAGCACAAUGUGUUGACAGCACUGUUCAGACACAGACUAGUGAAGUUAAAGAAGAGCUGUCUGCAUUUAAUGAUGAUGAUUAUAUCUCCUACUCCCCGCUCUCCGAGCUUCCAGAUGUAGACGAGGAACGCAGAACCCAAGGAACGAAGAAAAAAUUGCUGUUUCACAGUACUGUUUUACAUGGAGAAAGUGAGAUUGAGAGUGAUGAUGAUUCUCUUAAAUUGUUCAGUGAUGAAGAUGAUGAUCUGCUCAAGGAAAUGCUGGACCAAUAUGAGUCAGAAGAUAGCAAGGAUUAUAGGCCAUUCAAAGACUCAUUAAACACUUGUAUGAAAUCACAGACAUUGUUAGCACCAGAGAAUCAACUAAUCACUUCCAGUUCAACAGGUGUGUCUGAUGGAACAUGUCAACAUGGAUCUCUUUCUCAACCAACAGGAAUAAGGUCCACAACAAACAUUAAAGUUGCAAAAACCCAGCUUCAGUCACCACAAAGCUUGGUAUUAGAGCAUCUUCGGGAACACAUAUCUAAUCCUGCACACACCAACGGUUUGGGAUCACUGUGUGGAGAGGUUAAGUCCACUUAUUUAAACCAAGAGUUGUCUUCCACUCAGACAGCCCUAUCCACUACUCAGAAAUCAGUGUCCAUGGCUUCUAGAAGGACUCAGACUAAGGCAGGCAACUCUGGAUUAAAGCAGACUGACAUUGGUGUGUUUUUUGGCCUGAAACCAUUGCAUGAAAAAAAAGUUGAUGAGGAAGUGAAAGCAACAUUCAAAGAGACCGAUGAGCAAGGAUCGAGGACAGCGAGGGUUUCAGGAGAUACUAAGCAGCAGGGUAGAUGGCUUAGGAAAAACAGAGCACCAUCUGAAGUGUCCAGUGUCUCUGCUACUGCAGAAUAUGCCUCAACUCAGCCCACGCAAACAGAAGGAGGGAGAGGAAGAAGGGCAGCAGGGUGGAAAAGAUGGAACAUGGGAAGAGCGACAGAUGGAGGUCCCGAGAAGCCCAAUCGCUGUCCUUUCUACAAGAAAAUUCCUGGAACUACUUUCGCUGUGGAUGCCUUUCAGUAUGGUCUUGCUGAAGGUGUCACAGCCUACUUUCUCACCCACUUCCACUCAGAUCACUACUGUGGCUUGAAGAAAGACUCUGUUUUCCCCAUCUACUGCAACAAAAUAACCGGCAAUCUGGUGAAGAGCAAGCUGAAGGUGGAUGAGCAUUAUAUUCAUGUUCUCCCAAUGAACACAGUGUGUACAGUGCAAGGAGUGAAGGUCACUCUUCUGGAUGCCAACCACUGUCCUGGGGCAGUCAUGCUGUUAUUUGUACUGCCAGAUGGCCAGACGGUGUUCCACACAGGUGACUUCCGGGCUGAUCCUUCCAUGGAGCGCUACCCAGAGCUGCAGGACCUUCGGAUCAAGACCCUCUAUCUGGACACAACGUAUUGCAGUCCAGAGUACACCUUUCCUACUCAACAGGAAGUCAUUACCUUUGCUGUUAAUGUAGCCUUUGAACAGGUCACACUGAACCCUCGAACGCUUGUGGUGUGUGGCACCUACACGAUAGGGAAAGAGAAGGUCUUUCUAGCUGUAUCAGAGGUGUUGGGCUCUAAGGUGUGUUUGUCCAGGGAUAAGUAUAACACCAUGUGCUGCCUGGAGUCCAAGCAGGUUAACCAGCGCAUCACUACAGACUGGCUGACAGCCCAGGUGCAUGUGCUUCCUAUGAUGCAGCUCAAUUUCAAAAACUUGCGGACACACUUGAAUAAGUUCUCAAGAAAAUAUGACCAGAUUGUGGCCUUCAAGCCCACGGGCUGGACCUUCAACCAAACUGUGAACGUGGAAGACAUUCAGCCUCAGACUCAAGGAAACAUCAGUAUUUAUGGUAUCCCUUACAGCGAGCACAGCAGUUAUCUGGAGAUGAAGCGUUUUGUGCAGUGGCUGCAACCGAGAAAGAUCAUCCCCACUGUAAACGUCGGCAGUUGGAAAAGCAGGAAGGCCAUGGAGAGCUACUUCCAUGAUUGGCAGACAGCACCUACAAACCUCAACUCAACAAAUUAGGGCCUGAGAAACCCAAUCUCUGGAACAAAGCAGUAGAGAAAACUGACAUGCACAAUCAAACCAUUGCAUUGAAGCAGUCAAACAGUACCUUCAAACCUUGAAAGUAGGUAUGUGAUUUGACCAGUAUUACUUGGUGGAAAGUUCAGCUCACAAAGAGUGUUUGCCCCUCUUCUCACAUUGUAAGGAUGAUGAGGAGGAUAUUGUGCUUUACUUCCAACCUUCUUUAGAAGUGUUGUUUGUAUUACGGUUUAUAGUGUUGCCAUUUACUAAUGGUUCCCCUGCCUGUUUUCUAACUUUCCGGUGGCUAAAACUGGAAUGGACCACAUACUUUUUGUCCUCUUGUGUUAGGUGGGGUUUUUCUCAGUUUAAUUACUGUUUUAAAAUAUUAUUAAAAAGCAAAUAAAGUUAAUAAAUUCUCUCC